AUGCGCGCCUCAGAGAACGAGGUGGCUCAGCAAUUGAGUCAGGUCCUGACGGACAUGAUGAAUGCUGCUCGUGGUGGCAGGUGCGUGGAGCCAAAGUGCAUCCUGCGGCAAUGGUAUCGUGGGGCGCAGGAGGACAGCUCAGAAUUUCUCAACCAGAUCUUGAGUGAGGCUGGGUUGGACACGGCGACAGCAGGAACAGAACAGUUCCAAGUGCAGUGUCGCGAAUGCGGCGCGGAGGUUGCAAGUGGGGUGGCAACGCCGAUGUCGCAGGCACUCAUGCCCAUUCCGGGCAAGAGUGAGGAUGUGCAGUUGCAGGAAGUGGUUGAUAAGUAUCUGGCCAACCAGGAGGCACCCCAGGGCCUGCACGUGAACGGUGAAGCAUGGCAAUGUCCAGAAUGUGCCAGCCGCGUAGCACCAUGGCGCCGGCUUCGCAUCCUGCGGUCGCCGGAGAUCCUGGUGGUUACCCUAAAACGGUGGGAUACCGAGCUGGUGGAGGGCUGCUAUUUGGAAAAGAAGAAUGAGCAGCGUGUGGAGGUAUCAGGUCGUGUCUUCGUGCAAGGCGAAGAGUACCAUGUCAGCAGCCUGGUGCACCAUGUCGGCGAAAGCACGACUUCAGGUCACUACUAUGCCCUCCUUUGCCGCGGCCACCCGUGCUGGGUGCUCUACGACGACACAGGCGUGCGAGAUACUGAUGUCAACUCCCGCUCACAGAACCUGUACGUAGCAGUCCUGGAGAGGGUCCACGGGGGCACAGCAAGUCCAUGUGAAAACGUGUCGGCCACACAGGUGGAUGGCGGCACGUCAGCAGAAGCGGGGAUCAUCAGUGUCGAGAAUGCGGUGGUCAGACCUGAGCAAGCCGAGAACCGCUCCGGCGCAGGGAAGGCAGCGCAGGCCGCGAUUGCUGGCAAUGGUGACAACAAGAUCGAGGCAGCCGCAGCUGUUGGGAGCAGUGUCAGUGCCAGCAAGCAGAGUGACAGCCUACAGCUGGAGAACUCGGGCAAAACUCUCAGCACAACGCCUGAACGGAGACAGCUGCUGCUGGUGUUGGAGGAGCAGCGUGGCCGGUGCGAGGGAACGGAGUGGCUUGAGCAGGAUCCACAGCGUCAGUUCGAAGAAGAUGUGGUGAGGUUUCUGAGGGCAGCUUGCGAGGGACCAGUUUCGGAGGCGCUGGCUGGUGUGCCACCUCGCAGCGACCAUGUGGACCAGUUAAGCCUGCAGCAAUGCUUGUCGCGUUUGGCGGCUGGCCUGCGGGGCGUCCGGGAAGGUGCCCUGACAGCAGCAGAGGAGGUGGAUGUGUGCGCUCCAUUGUGGUGGAGCACAGACUACCGGCUCUCCGUCUUAACAUGGAAGCCUUCGGACGAGUCGUGGCACUUUCGAUCGGCUUUCUUGUGUCUAGAGUAUGCGAAGUCCGGCAAGUUCACGAAAGACACGCACAUAGUCUUGACACGGCUGCUGGAGGCGGCACAUGGGGGUCGGUGUGACUGGGACACCCAGGCCGAUGUACUGGCCCGCCCGACCAAGGCACGGAAGAUAGUAGGGCACGAAGACAGGCAGGAAUGUGGGGUGCACUUCGAGUGCACGAACAUUGGAAUGGUACUCUUGCAGCAGCCUUCGGUCCUGAGCACGUGGUGGGCACCGAGUGAAGCACGGCACAAGAUCGGUUGCGUCUUUUCAGCAGGUCGCCGAGGAAGUCAGCUGUCCUACCCCAAGGGCCUCCGCGACAAGUUCGUUGAAUUCAUGGGGCAGCUGUUCGGGCGAUUGGUACUGCAUGUCGGCCAUAAGGUGCCUCUGAUCGGUAGGGACCUCGUAUGGAAGCUCGACGAUGCAGCGAAGGCUGCGAUGGAGGAGGCACGCGGGGCCAUGCACGAGGCUUCGCAAGAUGCUUUUUAUUCCGACGGCGGCACCGUCAAUAGCAAGCUGGAGAAGUUGUCCUACUUCUUCUGGACCCACGAAGGUCUGCUGACGAGCUUGGUGCAGGAGGCAAUUGCUGGCCUGACAGAGAAGCGACCGUGUGACUUCUCGGACCGCAGAAUUGAUGCCCACGCUGCAAAGCUGGCUUUGGAGUGGACCCAUUGCCGGCUGGCGAGGGGCUUCAACAUGUUGGAUGUGGACAUCAGUCGCGCAAGCUGGCGCGCGAGAGAAGGUGCAGGUGUGCGGCGUUCAGUGGGUCCCUACAAGGAGGUGGUCUCCGGCGCAGACGCAGUAUUAGGCGUGCAAGUCGCCGUGAAGCUUCUGCGUGCAUCACCCGGUGCAAGAGUUUUCGCGGACAGUGCCGGCCGGUACGUGCCCAUGUACCGCCAUGUCUACAGCGAGGACAAGGCCAAGCGCGAGGACGCGUACAGGAAGCUGCUCUCGACUUGCCAACACCUCGAGCGGCACGUAAUAGGCAUUAUGCGUGCAAGCCCCAAGGCAUGGCCAAUAUUCAUCAAACACCGGUGGACAAACAUGUCAGCGCAAGCACAAAGCACACUCCGCGCAUGGGGUGUUCCACUACACUUCUUCGAAGGCUUUUUGGAGUGUGUGUCACAAACUGCUUCAGGGCAAGACGAGCGGAGGAUCGUCCAGCAGGCCCGGCUGUCUCCCCAGGCGCCCAGCAAGACGGACAAUCCAGAGCAUGACAGUGGCCCGAUGCCGACACAGCCCUCGAGCCUUGCUGAAGCGGCGAAGGGCCGGCCUCAGUCGCAGCUCUCCAGCAAGACGGAUGAUUCGGGCAACCCGGACUACGAGAACAUCUACAGCGGUUUAGCAGAGGUGUUGCCCUCGAACCUCGCGGAUGCAACGAGUCUGGCGAGGGGCGUGUGCCAGAAGGCACGAAAGCCGUGCAGCAGUGCUUUUACAACAAAGCGGACAGUCACAGAAGGUGGCGAUGCGGCCUACAAGUUGUGGGGGGCCUGUGCUGAAUGUAAGCCUGGAUGCAGUUUCCGUGCCCGUGUGGCUGUAUGGAUAAGUGGUCCAGCCGAGGGGAAAGUGACCGUGGAUUGUCGUGGCCAGCACGACCGCAAAGCUUUAGCGCAAGGCGGUCGGCUACUUUCAGCAGAGGUGCAAGAUGUGGUGAACGACCAUGUUGACUCUGGAGCGCCUAUCACAACGCCGAGUUUGCGCGAAGCAUUGCGUCGUGCGGACGGGCCUUCAUGA